GUCCGAGGCCAACCAAUGGGAGUGGAGCGGGUCGUCCCGCCCGCGACUACAACUCCAGGAGACCCAGUCCAGCCGCCGCAGCUGGUCCAGCGGGAGAUGGCGGCGACGCUGAGCCUGGAGCCCGCGGGCCGCAGCUGCUGGGACGAGCCGCUGAGCAUCGCCGUGCGCGGCCUGGCCCCCGAGCAGCCCGUCACGCUGCGCGCGGCCCUGCGCGACGAGAGAGGCGCGCUCUUCCGCGCCCACGCGCGCUACCGCGCCGACGCCCACGGCCAGCUGGACCUGGCGCGCGCGCCCGCGCUGGGCGGCAGCUUCGCGGGGCUCGAGCCCAUGGGGCUGCUCUGGGCCAUGGAGCCCGAACGGCCUCUGUGGCGCCUGCUCAAGCGCGACGUGCGGACGCCCUUCGUGGUGGAGCUGGAGGUGCUGGACGGCCACGAGCCCGACGGCGGGCGGCUGCUGGCGCGGGCGGUGCACGAGCGUCACUUCAUGGCUCCCGGGGUGCGGCGCGUGCCCGUGCGCGAGGGCCGUGUGCGCGCCACGCUCUUCCUGCCCCCAGAACCUGGACCCUUUCCGGGGAUCGUGGACCUUUUUGGACUUGGAGGUGGCCUUUUGGAGUAUCGGGCUAGUCUGUUGGCUGGGAAGGGUUUUGCUGUCCUGGCUCUGGCUUAUUAUAACUACGAUGACCUCCCCAAGGGCAUGGAAACCAUGCGCAUGGAGUACUUUGAAGAAGCCGUGAACUACCUGCUUAGUCACCCCGAGGUAAGAGGUCCAGGAGUUGGAGUGCUUGGCAUUUCCAAAGGGGGUGAACUUGCCCUUGCUAUGGCCUCCUUCCUGAAGGGCAUAAAAGCUGCUGUCGUCAUUAAUGGUUCUGUGGCUGCUGUUGGGAACACCAUAAACUACAAGGAUGAGACUAUCCCUCCUGUGACUAUCCUGAGAAACCAAGUCAGGAUGACCAAAGAUGGCCUCCAGGAUGUUGUAGAUGCUCUCCAAAGUCCUUUGGUAGAACAGAAAAGCUUCAUCCCUGUGGAAAGGUCAGACGCGACCUUCCUGUUGCUUGUAGGUCAGGAUGACCACAACUGGAAGAGUGAGUUCUAUGCCAAUGAGAUCUCCAAACGCUUACAGGCCCAUGGGAAGGAGAAGCCCCAGAUCAUCUGCUACCCAGAAGCAGGGCAUUAUAUUGAGCCCCCUUACUUCCCACUGUGCAAGGCUGGCAUGCACCUCCUGGUGGGUGCUAAUAUCACCUUUGGAGGGGAGCCUAAGCCUCAUGCCAUGGCCCAGGUGGAUGCAUGGCAGCAACUCCAGACUUUCUUCCACAAACACUUGGGUGCUAAGAGUUAGGGGGUAACUCCUAAAAUACAACCUAUUUUCUGAUGGCUUUGGGGGGAAAGGUUCAAAUACAUUGUAAGAGUAUCAGUUAAUAUUACUUCAUCUGAACAUAGUUCUUCUGACUAUAGUGCUUAGUCAGGGACUGGAAAUGUAGUUCAGUGGUAGAGUGGCUUCUGUAUGUCCCUGGGUUCAAUCCCAAGUGCUGUAGGAAAACAGCCAAAUGUUAUGUGGAAACUGUACCUUUUCAAGAAAUUGUGCCUAGAACCAAAAGAAUACCAUGAGUAGCCACACUGUUGUGUCAAUAAAAAUUAUGUACUUCAA